AUACUUUAUGGUCUAUAUACUUUAGGGUCUAUAUACUUUAUGGUCAAUAUACUUUAUAGUCUAUAUACCUUAUGGUCUAUAUACUUUAUGGUCUAUAUACUUUAUAGUCUAUAUACCUUAUGGUCUAUAUACUUUAUGGUCUAUAUACCUUAUUGUCUAUAUACUUUAUGGUCUAUAUACUUUAUGAUCUAUAUACCUUAUUGUCUAUAUACUUUAUGGUCUAUAUACCUUAUGGUCUAUAUACUUUAUGGUCUAUAUAUCUUAUUGUCUAUAUACUUUAUGGUCUAUAUACCUUAUGGUCUAUAUACUUUAUGGUCUAUAUACCUUAUGGUCUAUAUACUUUAUGGUCUAUAUACCUUAUUGUCUAUAUACUUUAUGGUCUAUAUACCUUAUGGUCUAUAUACUUUAUGGUCUAUAUACCUUAUGGUCUAUAUACUUUAUGGUCUAUAUACCUUAUUGUCUAUAUACUUUAUGGUCUAUUGUUGA